UUGGGCUUUUCUCUCUAGCAGAACCCUGUGUGUGUGCAGAGGGUAACAUCUGCUCCCUGCUCGGCAGGAAGGAAGAGCUGUGGGGACCAGCAGCACCCGCCUGGAAGGUUUUCCUGGGGUCCCGCAGCGAGACGUGUGCCCGUGCAGAUCCGUAUGCGAACAGCACUGCGGGUUACUGGGGCAGGGAGAUGGAAAGGAGAAGUCGGGCUUGGUUUGCAGUGCUGGAAGAGUGAAGCAGAAAUCAGAGGCUGAGAGUUGAAGAUGGCAGAGCCAGAAAGCACAGUCAUAAACACCAAUGUAAAACAGAAAGACCCCAGCACAGCACUGGUCAUUGCUGUGACCACCAGAGCCAUCUUCAACCUGGAGGAGGAGCACAAGCUCUACCUGGAGAAGGGCAAGGAGGAGUACACAAGGCACCAGCAGGUCAACCAGGACAAGCCCCUGCCACCAGGAACAGCCUUUGCCUUCAUCCAGGCAGUGCAGUAUGUUAACAAGAAGAUCCUGGAGAGCAACCCAGCAGAGAGGGACCUCUUUGACAUCCUGGUGCUCUCCAACAACAGCCCAGAGAGCGGCGUGCGCAUCAUCAGCAGCGCCAAGCACUACGGCCUGGAGAUCUCCAAGUUCUGCUUCGUCAGUGAUGAGGACUCCACACAGUACCUGAAGUCCCACGGCGUCAAGCUGUUCCUCUCAGCUGACAGGACAGACGUCUGCAACGCCCUCCGGAGAGGGGUCUCAGCAGCGCUUGUCUUCCAGCAAGAGGUGCAGGCCCCCAGCACUCCACUCCGCGUGGUGUUUGACGGGGAUGCCGUGCUCUUCUCCAGCGAGACAGACCAGAUCUUCCAGGAGCAGGGCCUGGAGGGGGCAGUGCAGUACGAGCAGGCGAUGGAAGCCAUCCCCAUAGGAGAGGGUCCCCUGAAGUCUUUUGCCAUGCACCUCGGGAAGAUGCGUAAGAAGUUCGGCCAGGAAAAAUCCCCCAUCCGCACCUACCUGGUGACAGCGCGCAGCGGCCGGGACAUGGGCAUCCGAGCCAUCAAGACACUCCGGGAAUGGGGUCUGCCCAUUGACGAGGCUUUCUUCAUGGAUGGGGCUCCCAAGGGUCCCAUCCUCGCCCAGAUCCAGCCUCACAUUUUCUUUGAUGAUGGGCUUCAUAAUAUCCAAGGGGCUCAAAAUGUGGGGGUACCCUCUGCCUGGGUCCCAUCCUGCUGCUGAUGGGCCGCAGGCCAGCAGUCCUCUCUCCCAGCAACACAGGGGACUAGGUCAGUUGGAGGCAAAUCUUCUGGUGGAGAAGGAAAGAUCUCCUAAGAUGCAUCAAGCAAAUCUCAGGGAAAUGGGAUGAGAGCAUGGACUCCCGUGCAAAGCUUGAUGUGUAUUUCUGCUCCUGAUAAGAGGUCCUCUACAUCUUAGGAUAAUGCCAAAAGACACAACUGUUCCAGGACGGGAGGACACCUUUGCUGUGACACUGGGUUCUACACCUACUGCUAUGUAGGACCUGGGGACUUUUCUCAAAGAAGUAAUUGAAGCUAAUGCCACAUACAUGAGCUGAAGGAAGCAAGAAAAAAUGCUAGUUUUGGCUGUGCUCAGGCAGUCUCCAAGAUGGAGCAACACAGGAAGGACAUCAGCCUGCUGAGCCAAAUCCAGAGGAGGCCAACCAAGAUGAUUAAAGGGAUAGAGCACUUCUCCUGUGA